AUGUCGCUCAUCCCCAAGCAAGAAUACCGAUUUCUCGGCCCGUCCGGUCUGCGAGUGUCGUCUCUGUCACUCGGCUCCUGGAUCAACUACGGCGACGGUGGAGUGGAGGACAAGAAGACGCUCGAGAUUUUCGACAAAGCGUUCAAGUCCGGCAUCAACUUCUUCGACACGGCCGAGGUCUACCGAGCCGGCGAGGCCGAGACGUCCAUGGGUAAGAUCAUCAAGGACCUCGGAUGGAAGCGAACAGAGUACGUCAUCUCCACCAAGCUCUUCUGGGGUCCCACCAAGACGGUCAACGCGCUGGGUCUGUCUCGAAAGCAUGUGCUGGAGGGCAUUGACGAGUCGCUCAAGCGUCUGCAACUCGAUUACGUCGACGUGGUCUUUGCCCACCGACCCGACAGAUAUACCCCCAUCGAAGAGGUGGUGAGAGCCUUCACCCAGGUGAUCAACGACGGCAAGGCCUUCUACUGGGGCACGUCCAUGUGGACCUCGUACGAGAUUGAGCGAGCCAACCACGCCGCUACCAAGUACGGACUGAUUCCCCCCAUUGCCGAGCAGCCCGUCUACAACCUGCUGGAGCGAGACUUCUUCGAAAAGGAGCUGGGACCUGUUCUCAAGGACUACAACUACGGAACCACCAUCUGGUCUCCUCUCGCCCAGGGUAUUCUCACCGGCAAGUACCUCAAGGAGGUGCCCAAGGACUCGCGGUUCUCGCCCGACAAGAUCAAGAACGACCCCAUGCUGAAGCGACUAGCCACCAAGGAGCUCGAGAGUGACAGCGGUCUGGCCAACGCCAAGAAGGUGGCCAAGUUUGUCGAGCUGUCGGAAGAGCUUGGGGUCAAGCCUGCCAACCUGGCUCUGGCCUGGCUCCUCAAACAGCCCCACACCUCCACCGUCAUUCUGGGAGCCACUCGAGUCGAGCAGCUGGAAGAGAACCUCCAGACCUACGAGAUUCUCGACAAGGUGACCGAUGAGGUUCUGGAGAAGAUUGAGAAGAUCUUUGACAACAAGCCCGCUCGUCCUGAGAAUUUUGGUCGAUUGUAA